UGACGGCCUUAAUAAACUGUGUUAUAAUAUCAGCCUUUUUCAGAAGAGGAAAACAAAUGCAUUUGUUCCUGAGAGUCUGAUUAAAACGACAACAAAGACCUGGAAAAUAAGUUCGUUUCGUUCCUCCCGCUGUUUCCCCACCCCCCCAAAUUCCUGAUCGUCUGAGAGGAGGCGUCAGACCCGAGGAAGCGGAGAAAAGUCCAUCUUGAGUUUUAGCCACAUUUCCUGAGAAAGUAGCCAGCGGCCAGCUCAUGACGAACGUGAUUUGUCGACACCCAGAAACUGGGAAGUGGCCUCGCCGCCGGGAGCCUUGACUGGCUGCAGCGCAGUCCUCCGAGUUUAUCGCAUGAACUUUCAGCUGAGAGGAAAGGCUUUCGUCCUGCGCCUUACUGCAGCUCGCCUUUUGUGUCGUGGUUAAUCGUCUCAGUCUGCGCUCAGAGGCAGCCCGAGGGAUGGAGGUCCUGGACAGCGGUGAGCCGUUUAUACAGUGGGACAGAAAUCUCAGCGAGCUGUCGGAGCCCUACGACAACGAAAAUGUGCUGUACAGCACGCACUUCACUGAGCUCCUCGAUGACCUGUCCCAGGAGGCGUUACUGGGCCAGCUGCUGAGUGACCCGUUCCUUUCAGGGAGGGGUGAAGCAAUGGAUACUGAGGAGGAGCUGAUCCCCCCAUCUCCAGUGCAGCCGCAUAUCCAGGCUGAACACAGCUACUCCCUGAGUGGUGACUCUCGCCCACAGUCUCCUAUGUCACACCUGCCUGGAGAUACAGGCAGUAAGUCUGGAGACUCAGACGGUGAGGAGUGGCCAGCUGAGCAGGAAGAGAAGCGGCUAAAGAUGGAGCCUCUGCUUUGCGAGUCUCCAAAUCUACUGCCCACUCUGACCCUCAGUUUGUCCCCUGAGGACUCUUCCAUCGAGCCAGAGACCAUAUCCACAGGACCGGCUUUAACACACACCCUCCCUCAGACCACACAGGCCAGUGUAGGCAAGAUAAAGGAGGAUGGUGAGGGCUUUAGCCCACAGAUUAAGCUGGAGCCACAUGAGGUGGAUCAGUUCCUCAAUCUCUCUCCUAAAGAACUGGAAGCUCUCCAGAUGCCCCCAACUCCCCCAAGUUCUCAUGGCAGUGACACAGAAGGCAGUCAGAGCCCCGUACAUCCCUGCCCCCCUGCCAGCCCCACACAGACCCCUGCAGUCCUUAAGGUCGCACCACGUGCCCCCAACUCGCUCUCAAACUCACCCCUGCUUACUGCUCCACAUAAACUGCAGGGCUCUGGGCCUCUCCUGCUGACAGAGGAAGAAAGACGAACUCUGAUUGCAGAGGGAUACCCUGUCCCCACUAAACUGCCUCUGUCCAAGUCUGAGGAGAAGGCCCUCAAAAAGAUCCGCAGAAAGAUCAAGAACAAAAUUUCUGCUCAGGAAAGCCGCAGAAAGAAGAAAGAGUAUAUGGAUGCCCUUGAGAAAAAGGUGGAGACAUGCUCUAAUGAGAACAGCGAGUUGCGCAGGAAAGUUGAGACUCUAGAAAGUACCAACAAGUCUCUGUUGCAGCAGCUGCACUCUCUUCAGGCUGUGGUUGCAGGAAAGGUCCCUCGUUCUUGCAGAAUGGCCAGCACUCAGACCUCCACAUGCCUCAUGGUUGUGGUGUUGUGUUUUGCUGUGUUCCUGGGCAGCUUUUACCAGGGCCUGAGUCCCUGUUCAUCCAUCACAAAAACUGACCUGUCCAGAGACCUCACGAUACAAGAAUCCUACACUACUACAGUGAAGUCCAGGACCUUGCUAGUGUAUGAGGAUCAAAGGGGGAGUGAUGAGUUACAUCCCUCCGGACUUGGUGGAGAGUAUCCUGAAUGGGACACUCAAGUAAAUGUCAUGGCAGCGUGGCGUCUGGACCAGCAGCACAGGCCCAAACAGGCCGAGUUGCAGGCGGCAGAACUCCACCCACCUUUUAUUCAGAACAAUGGAACAAACACACAAAAGCCCCUUCUCAUAGACCUGCACGCACACAGGUCAGUGGAGCAGCAGUCAAAUGAGAGCCCAAAAGUCAUUGAGCUGGAGAGGACAGUGAAUGAACCAUCAUGAGGCUGGCUGGUCCUCCUCAAGCCCAGCUCCAUUCAGACCCCAGCCUUUUCUGUAUUUAUAGACCUACUUUAAGUAUUGUUCCAAAUACAUAUUUUUCUUUCUUUUUUAGGAAAAAAAAAGCAAAAGAGACAUUUGUAUUCCUUCCUACCAAUGGACAUUGGAGUUUGAUACUAUAUUUUAUGCAUAUUCUUCUGUUUUAGUGUUUUUUCUCCUCUUUUAUAUACUGUACAUAGCUAUUAGUGUUUCCAUUGUGUUUUUGGCUAUUUUUCCCAUGCUACUGAGAGAGGUGUUUCUUUAGACUGUAUUAAUGGCAGUAUACCACAAAACAGGAGGGUCUGUAUUCAUAUAGAAAAUAUCUUCUUUCACUUUCUCACACAGUCACUAUAUACUAAGAAACUGAAAGUCAAAGCAUGAAAUAUUAAUUUUUUACAUUUGGAAUAAUACAGACUCUAAACAGCUUUUACUGUGUGCCACCUUUGAAGGUUGGAUGAUAGUAUCUAAAUACUAUCCAAAACACAGAAGUUCUUUAACUUAACGAUAUUUUGCACUGAGACGGGUUGGGCUGCAUGAUCAAUCGUAUUUUAUCAUUAUUGUGAUAUUAUUUUCCACAAUAAACAUAUUAAGAGCUCCA